AUGGAUGAGCUCACAAAUACUAUCAUUGAUUUUUUGUCGAGCGACGAAAUGCAGGAGGCUGCCAUCCAAAAAGAAUACGAUGAUAAGGACGCGUAUACUUUGUCCUCCGAAAAAUUGCCAUUAUCUAGGUUGUACGACAAGAUCGAAUCUCAAUUACGCGCUUUAAGUACGCUCGGGGUAACCACAGAUAAAUGCGCGGCUAUGCUUUUACCGUUGGUGGAAUCUUCAUUGCCCGAAGAAAUAUUGCGUGUGUGGCAAAGGUCGAGUGAGACCAGAAACGCGAGUGACAAUGCGGAAGUAGAAGGUGAUCAAAGAAUCUGUUUAGCAGUCGAGGGCUUCACCCUGGCGGAUAACGCGAAUAAAGCAACGAGUGCCAGUAAACCGAGAGCGAAGCAAGAAACGAAAGAUGUAGCCACUGCUCGAAAUUUGAUUGCUGUGAAAAGCCGAGAUAAAUCGUGUGUGUUUUGCGAAAAAACGAAUCAUGAAAGUGCUAACUGUUUUAAAGCGAAGAAGAUGUCACUUUCGGAGAUAAAAGAGGUGUUGAAGAGAAAACGCGCGUGCUACAACUGUUUGAACGUAGGCCAUGCGGGUAAAUUUUGUCGCGCGAACGUAAAGUGUACGAAAUGUUCGCGACAUCAUGUCGAUCUGACGUGUUACGAUGAAGAAAAACGCUACACAGAAAAUAGAGCAAACGCGCAAAGUUCGGUAGACGCCGUCAAUGUGAAAAAGGAGUGCUCAUUAACAACUUCUUCGAAUGUACCAACUUGUUUUAUGCAAACUCUAAAAGUAAAAUUGUACACUGAUACGAAUGAAUUGACAAUGCGCGCGGUGAUAGAUAGCGGCUCGCAGAAUUCUUAUAUUUUGAAAAGCGUUGCACGACAAUUAAAUUAUGAACCGAUUGGGAAGCAAAACGUGGUACAUUUAUUAUUCGGCGAUAAAAAAUCGAGCGUCACUUCCCAUAAUAAAUAUUUAGUGCGCGUUGGAAAUCUUGCAGAUAGUUACUGGUGCUAUUUUGAAGCGCUCGACGAGGAUGAAAUCUGUUCGGAAGUGCCGUCAGUAACAAAGGGAAGCUGGCUGCAAGAAUUAGAUCGCUUCAACAUUAAAUUAACAGAUGUGGAUAGCACCGAAAACACCGUGGGUCUUUUAAUCGGUGAAGAUGUAGCGGGUAAAUUACUUACGGGACAAAUACGUCAGCUCAAAAAUGGCAUGACAGCAAUUGAGACAUACCUGGGCUGGACGCUGAUGGGUAAAGUACCCGUAAUAAAUGAAAGAGAGAAUCUAGCCGUAUCAGCAAUCUCCAUGUACGUAAAUAGCAAUAUAAUCGAAGACUUAUGGUCUCUAGACGUUUUAGGGAUUAAAGAUCCAAUUGAGCACAAGACACAAAAAAGACACGACGAGGAGGUGGAGAUAGUGUUCAGACAGACGAUAAUAAAAAAUGAAGAAGGCCGAUAUGAGGUGAAAUUGCCGUGGCUCGAAUCCCACCCUACGCUUGUGGAUAAUAAACAUUUAGCCAUACAACGUUUGCAAGCCAUGGUUAAUAAAUUGCAGAAAGCUGGUAAAUACGAAGAAUACGGUUCUAUUUUCCACGAUUGGUUGAGAAAGGGGUUCAUGGAGCGUGUACCGGUGGAAGAUGAGAACUGUUGGGGUCAUUAUUUGCCCCACCGCCCAGUUUUCAAAGAAAAUUCGACGACUACUACGAGGCCUGUGUACGAUGCAUCGGCAGAGGGAAAGAAUUGUCCAUCCCUCAACAGCUGUUUAGAAAAGGGACCGAACCUCAUCGAGUUGGUCGAACAAGAGUGCAGGCAGAAAUCUCAAAACACGAUUGGUGGUGGAAUAUGGAAGAUGGACAUGCAAUACCAAGAUGCAUUGUGUCUACUGACCAUGAAGAAAAGUCAACACUGGAGGUCAUGA